AUGGCUACCCUGCGCCUGACCAUUGAAGAUGGCCAAUUCAGAGACAACCACGGACGCCAGGUCCUGCUCCGCGGCAUAAACGUCGCCGGCGACGCCAAGCUCCCCAGCACCCCCGACGUCCCGUCUCACAUUGCCGACGACUUCUUCGACGGCGACAAUGUCAAGUUCCACGCCAGACCAUUUCGCAAAGAGGAUGCCCACAUACAUUUCUCCAGGCUGAAGCGCUACGGCUACAACACUAUCCGCUACAUCUUCACCUGGGAGGCCAUCGAGGCCGCCGGUCCCGGCAAGUACGAUGAGGUCUGGAUACAGCACACGAUCGACGUGCUGCGUCAAGCCAAGGAAUAUGGCUUCUACGUCUUCAUGGACCCUCAUCAAGAUGUGUGGUCCAGAUACUCUGGCGGUUCAGGGGCACCCAUGUGGACGCUAUACGCAUGCGGGCUCAACCCCCAGAGCUUCGCUGCCACCGAGGCCGCCAUCGUACACAAUACCUACCCGGAGCCCGAAAACUUUCCAAAGAUGAUCUGGUCCACGAAUUACUACCGCCUCGCCACUGCCACUGUCUUUACCCUGUUCUUUGCCGGGAAGGAUUUUGCACCCAAGGCCAUAAUAAACGGGGUCAACAUUCAGGAGUACCUCACCAGCCAUUACCUCGGUGCUAUUUCCCACCUAGCAAAACGACUCAAGGAGGCAGGCGAUAUUCUGGAUGACAUUGUCUUCGGCUGGGAGAGCAUCAACGAACCCAACAGGGGUAUCGUUGGCAAUGCCGACAUCAGCGUGAUCCCCAAAGACCAGGCUCUGAAGAAGGGUACAGCCCCGACAUUAUGGCAAGCCAUUCUUACUGGAUCUGGCAGGGCGUGCGAAGUCGACACUUGGGAUAUGGGCGGGCUUGGACCCUACAAAGUCGGGAGGUCCUUGAUCGACCCCCACGGCGAGAUGGCCUGGUUGCCCGCCGACUAUGACGACUCAAGAUAUGGCUGGAAACGAGACCCCGACUGGAAACUUGGCGAAUGCCUGUGGGCGCAGCAUGGUGUCUGGGAUCCGUCGCAAGAUCUCCUCCUGAAGAAGGACUACUUCGGAAAGCACCCAAAGACUGGCGAGGCACUCGAUCACCACAAGUUCAUUAACACAUACUUUAUGGAGCACUACAGGAGAUACCGCGAUACUGUCCGUUCGCAUCAUCCGGACGCCAUCCUGCUGUGCCAGCCUCCAGUCCUAGAGAUCCCUCCUGAUAUCAAGGGCACCGCCGACGAUGAUCCAAAGAUGGUCUAUACACCCCAUUACUACGAUGGAAUUACGCUCAUGACAAAGAAAUGGAACAGGACGUGGAAUGUCGACGUGUUGGGUAUUCUUCGCGGACGGUACCUGCACCCCGCAUUUGCAAUUAAAGUGGGAGAGACGGCGAUCCGGAAUUGUUUCAGAGACCAGAUGGCCGCUAUGAGGAAGGAAGGCUUCGACUACAUGGGUAACCACCCUGUAUUAAUGAGCGAGUUUGGAAUUCCCUAUGAUAUGGACGAGAAGAACGCAUACAAGACUGGCGACUACUCGAGCCAAUCUGCGGCUAUGGAUGCCAAUCACUUUGCGGUGGAAGGUGCCCCGAUGGACGGUUAUGCUUUAUGGGUUUAUGCCACACAGAAUGACCAUGUGCGAGGAGAUCAAUGGAACGGGGAAGACCUGUCCAUAUAUUCCGUGGACGAUCAAACCCUUCCCGUAUCCCCAGUCCCACGGGGUCUUGAAGCAAAUCGAUCACAGACAAGCCUUUUGAAGACGCCUACGAGCAAUACCCGCUCUGAAGUGGACGAUGAGACCUCCGUCAACCCCGGCAACCUCAAGCGGACCCUCACCAACCCCUCCAUCUCAUCGCAGCCCGCCAGCCUGAACCCCGAACUCACCAACACCCCAGGCUACCGUGCAGCAGAGGCCUUUGUUCGCCCUGCACCGACCGCCGUCAACGGCACCACGGCCUCGUACGGCUUCGACCUGAAGUCGUGCACCUUCCACCUGGACAUCACGGGGGCCUCGGUGCCCGGCGACGACCAGCCCACGACCAUCUUCCUGCCGGACUACCACUUCCCCAAGGAACAGUGCACGGUGCAGGUCAGCGGCGGCAAGUGGGAGAUCAGCACUGACGACGACGAGCGCGCCUGGGUGCAGCGGCUGCGCUGGUGGCACGGCGACGGCAAGCAGUCGCUCCGCGUCACCGGCCUCGUCCGCCCCCACAACAGCCUCAGCGGCUCCGCCGAGGAGGCCGGCUACCUCGAGCAGUGCCAGGCCGGCUACGGCUUCGACGUCGGCAAGUGCGCCGUCAUGUAG